ACUGCAGAAAGGCUUAGCCUUCUGAUCCAACGCACGAAGGUAUAGCUUGCAUUUUAUCUCGUCACAUUGGGCAGGCAACUUGCAGAGCUGAUGGAAAAAAAUUGGCAAGUAAACACAGUGCAUUCUGCGUAUCAGGUGGAAGUGUGCAGCCGUGUAAUUUAAUAUAAUCAGCGGCGCCAGGUACUUCAUACUUUAUCGCUGGGGUUUAUGAUUGCUCCAGCUCCAGCAGAAGUCGGUGUACUCAGAAUAAAAAGCCCUUGUCUUUUUUUCCUCACAAAUGGACCUCACGAACUUACAAAAAGAAAACUCAGUAUAAGGGAGCUGCCUGAAAAGAAGGUGCAUGUUUAUGGAAGGUGAACAAUAAUUAUUUUAAAGGAAGUGUUGGAAAUGAUGGUGAGGCAGGUAGGGCAGUCGUCCAGUAGCUGACACUAGCUCCCUCACAUCUGAAGGCAUCCUCCGUGUCAGCCAUGUCGCCACAGCGAAAAGCCUCAGUUAUGAAGAUGGAAGAAGGCGGGAUGAGCCCGGAGCCGGAGGUGGAGUGCCCUGUGUGCUGGAACCCCUAUGACAGCUCCUUCCACACACCUAAGAUCCUGCAGUGCAACCACUCCUUCUGCCUGGAGUGUUUGGUCAGAAUACAGUUGGUGUCUCAGACGGUCACUGCGGGUUUGCCGUGUCCUCUCUGCCGCCAGAUUACCAACCUAGACUCCAGUGCUGGCAUCAUUGCCAUGCCCACCGACUCGUCAAUAAUGAACCGACUAAACCUAGAACCUCAUCACAUUGUGCUAGUGGAUGGUCAGCUUUCCUAUAAGGGCUCAAAGAAAUUUUUUUUCUUUCUGCGACAACCCACUGUUUAUACCCUUAGCCUUGAAACGGAACAGAGAUCGGGGCUCAGUCGUUCCCCUGACCAUCAGGCUUUCACACAGACUACAGGCAGCCGCCUGCAUAACAUCGCCCACAAAUGGUACCGUAGCCCCCACUUUAGGUCAUUUGCCUAUGUGAUGGGGACCAUAUUCUGCAUCUCAGUUUUACUGGUUAUCUGUCUUCUCUGGACACGUCAACUCAACUGGAAAAUAUGACGUACAUAACCAAUGUUGUCAGUUUUGACGAGCCAUCUAGUUGAUAAAAAACAAAGGUGUGUGUGUGUGUGUGUGUGUGUCCUGUGACAAGGCUUACCACAAAUAAACCUCUCAUCUAUUAUGAUUUAGGCUCUCAGACGCUUCUUUGUUGAUUUUCUCCAUCAAGUUAGACCUGCUUAAGGGUACAUGUGGUCUAGAUGCGUGCAUCUAGACCACAACAAUUCCUUAUCACUCAUUAUAUGGGGUUCAGUAUAUGAGUAUCUGCUAUUUUUCUCUUCACUGCAAAGUGCAAAGGAUCUCAAAUAAAACUGUCAUUGAUUAUUCUUUAUAUCCUUGAAUCUGCAAUAUUUGCAUCAAAGCUAUUAAUGUAGCAAUUUCUGGACAUACAGAUUACUAAUACUGGAACUUGUAGAACAUUCUUGAAUAAGGGUCCAUAAACUGACAUAUUAUAAGGGCUGCAGUUUCCAAAGGCUGGGUCUGUCUGUUAAGGGCACUACUAGUAACUGAAAUUCUAAAAGGCACCAUCUGUCCGGCAGUGUACAGUCAGAUCAUGGCCUGUAAGCGAUUGCUCAUGUUGUAUUCUGUGACUGUUCACAAUCCAAAGCAGCACUGGCAAAUCUAUUGUUUCAUGUUUUUCAUAGACCGCAAACUAUAGUCCGAACAUGCUAAAUGUACUCAUUGGAAGGCAUACAUGUUUAUUUUCUUUAUAGUAGUAAAGUCCGAUUUUAAAUUGUAGUGUCCAUUUCACCCUGUGAAGUCUUUAUGGUUGCUGUUCUUACAUCGUCUAGAUGUUACAUUACAUAGCUAGAGACUGCUUAUUUGCUGCUAUAGCAGAUCAAACACAAAAAUGUGUAGAUCUUUUGGGUGAGAUUAUUUGCUCCGGCAAUUUUAAUACCCGUAGACUACAGUGCAAACAGGAGCAGAUCUGUAAUCUUGCAGUCCAAACAAAGAGCAAGAAAUGUCUUCAUCUGUAAGAAUUCAUACAGAUGGAUAAUUCAGUAGCUAUACUCAUCUGGAAUUUUUAAAUAUAUGUUGGUCACAUGGACAUUGUAAAGCUUUGUUAUACUUACUUUGAGUCUAAGAUGCCUAUAACUGUUCAAAUCUAUAAUAAUUUGUAAAUGAAACUUUGAGUACAAUUUUCUGUCAGGUCUACCAUUAUUGGCUCCUGGGAUACUGAGUGUCAAGCAAGCUGACAAAGUAUCCAGUGGGCUUAUAAUAACUUGAGUCCACUUUCCCAAGUAGACGGUGUCAUUGGGUGUCAUGCUUAUUAGGUACAACAGAUCGAUAUGCUGAAAGGUACAUUUAAAAUGCAGAAUGCAUGAUUAGGUGUCACUUUUUUAACCAAAGCUGAAAAAUCAGAAAAUGUCAAUUUGGAUAGCUGAAUUGGUUACUGCUCACAUAUAUUUUUGCUAACUUUAGCAUUAGUUUAAACAAAACUCCAGUUUAUUACAGAUUAUACUAUUAUAAAUCCUUACAGCAUUCUUUAUACAACCUCAGGCAUGAGUUGAUAUAGAGUAGCAGUUUUUAACAUAAUACUGUGCCAAAUUCUGUGAAGUAAUAUAAGAAAACAUGACAGUUUAAUGUUUUGCAUAUGAAAAAAAAUCACCAAGUUUUUGUACAAAGUACUCGGAGCUAAUGUUAAGGCAGAAUAUAGUUAUAGUAACAUAUACAAGCACUUGGGCAGAGGCAGUCAGGGACAAGUUAGGUCUCACAUACAUACAGAAUGUCCAUAUUAAAUAUUAAGGCAAAACAUUAUAGGACACUUGCAGUCCCAACUUUUCAUAGACCGUGUAUAUUUUAUUCACAGUCUUAUAUUGUUGUUUGCAGUCACUUCAUAUUCAAAAUGUAUAUCAUUCUAAAACACAGACGUAUGCACACUGUAGAAAUGAGGUGUCAUUUGAUGUAUUGUCUGCUAUGAUAAAAAGAGGAUAUUCUUCACCAGAGUAAGUCUGUUACUAAGCAAGCCUUAUAACUACAGGCCUUUAUUUAGAUAGUUAUGGAUUUUUUGACCUCUGUAACUCAUUUGUCUUCUAAGAAAAAGUUCUCAAAAGCUGUACUUGCGUGAACACACUACCUGUCUACAUGCGUGGUACAUGGAAUUGCUGUUUGUUUUUGUGUUGCUGUCAGUCAUGGCAGUCCAACAAGUUUAGUGUUACAUUUGGCACAUUGAUGCGUCACUCAGGGCUUAUCACUCAUAAGUCACAUAAAAUGCAUAGUUUUUAAAAUGAGAAAAUACAGAACACAGCAAUUGAAAUUCACUUCUAGUGUAUAGCAGCCUGUUUUAAUGAAUUGGCAAACAUUAAUGCUUCAGGUUUGCUGUAGAUCCUAGAAGUACACUAGUAUAGGCCACACACAUUGUUUUUACUCUUGUCUGUCUUAUAAAUUUGGAAAAAAUUCACUCUUUGAUGUUAAAAGAUGUGGGUUACAAUUCAGACAUUCACAUGCUGUGCAUUUCAGAACCCAUGGAUGCUUUAGAAACAGCAACACAGAGCAGUCCAUUUAACUUUUCUAGAUAUUUAUUUUAUUUAUUUACUUGAUUUGUUGGCCAGGUCAUAAUGCACCAUUUUCAUGUUCAGCCUAUGGUACACGACCUGUAUAAGAACAAAAUGAUAAGAGCACAAGAUAUAUCCGAGCAAACGUGAAAAUGUAGGCAAGCAGUAAAUAAUACAAAUGUCUUAUAAGUCAGAAUUCCAGUUGUUCAUUUUGGCCACUAUAGUCCUGAGAUAUUAAGCGAUACACCUGUUGGUGAGAUGAUUUGUUUUAACGACAAAAGGAAAAAUCAUAUGAAGUCAUUUGGCAGUUCUGUGUAGUUUGGUAGUGUGUCGAAGUAGCAUGCAAACAAAACAGUACCACAUAACUGGCACGAGCUGAUCCUUUCUUAAAAUGAAUCAUGCCUGUUGCAAUCACAUUCUGAAGGUCUCAAGCUCUGUAGUGCACCCCUGAAUGACAAUGUAUCAACAGUGUAAUACAGUAUAUUAUCUUAACUGAACAUAAAGUACGAAUAUCAUUCUAGACAAGCUCUCUGCCCUGAUGAGUUGCUCCUCUGGGUAGUGUGACAGCCAUACUGUUAUUACCUCACUGUCUCAUUAGCAAAACAUAAAGCUUUGAUUCCAGUGUGUCUAGCCACGUGAGCUGUAAAUCCCUGUUUUGCUACCUCUGUUAUUGCUAGCUAAGAAGCCAUGUAAAAAGCUGGUUGAAAAAAAUGAAAUUGUGUCUUGAAUAUACUUUAUACUGAAAUUUUUUACUUUAAUUUAUCAAAUAAAAUAUGAAGUGAUUCAA